CUUGCCUCCAGAGGUCCACUGGUGCCAGGACUUUGGCUGGGGUUUGGGGAGGUGUGGAGCCUCUGGGACAGAUGCAAGUCCCGCUGGGAGCCGGCCUCAGGCCAUUCGGAGGAGAAGAGCAACCCUGGCCUCCCUGAGCCCGUGAGGGUCUAUGGUGACUGUGCAGAGAGUCUGCAGGAAGGCCUGGAGAGCAGGGAGGAGUGCGUGCGGCUGGAGCCACAGAGGGCUUCCUGGAAGAGGCUGGUCUCGGGGGCUGGGUAGGAUCUGGGCGUUUCAGGGGUGGCCUGAGCGGUGCUGGUGGUAUGUGAGAGGCAUGUGGGUCAGUGGCUGUCCAAUGUGAUGGGAGCACCGGGGCAGAGGCAAUGAGGCUGGGCCCACUGUGGGGGACGGGCCCCUGGGUGUUCUUCCUAGGGUGUAGGGAGCUAGAGGGUGGGAGAGGGGGCAGCGGCCAGAGCACUGUCUGAAGGUAAUCUCAGGCUGGUCUGAGGGGGCGCUGCUCCCUAGCCUGUGUCACCCCAGGGGUUACCUCCCCACCCUGCUUUGUCCUUUGAAGCAGAUUCGAAUCCUGCUCUUGCCUCUGCAGCCAGACGGGGCUUGGCAAGGCAUUUUACCAGAGACCCUCCACCGUGCCGCCCAUGAAGUGGGGAUGACAAUCACCAGCACUUUCCAGGGUGGUGGCAAGGGUUGGGACUGGCCCUGGCGACAGCCUCCGGGAGGUGUGUGUGCGCGACAGAUGUGUGAAUCAGGAUCCCUGCAGCCGUCCCAUUUCCUGAUGAGUAAACAGCCUUCAUAUCCCGAACGCUGGGAUCCCCCCAGGACAUUCCCUGGCCCCCAGGCCCCAGGGCUGAGCUGUGGGCAGGUCCCACCUGGCCCACGGCUCAGAUCUCUGCAGACAGGUCCUCCAGGCUACCCGCUGCAGCGCCCCUGCCCGCUCUGUGCCGGCCCUGGGGCAGGCCUCUGCAAUGUCACUGCCUCUGCGCCCUCUCCUUCUCCUGGCCCUGGGCCUGAGGCUGGCUGGAACUCUCAACCCCAGUGAUCCCAACACCUGCAGCUUCUGGGAAAGCUUCACCACCACCACCAAGGAGUCCCACUCCCGCCCCUUCAGUCUGCUCCCCUCGGAGCCCUGCGAGCGCCCCUGGGAGGGCGCCCAUACUUGCCCCCAGCCCACGGUUGUGUACCGGACCGUGUACCGCCAGGUGGUGAAAACGGAUCACCGCCAGCGCCUACAGUGCUGUCACGGAUUCUACGAGAGCAGUGGCUUCUGUGUCCCGCUCUGUGCCCAGGAGUGUGUCCAUGGCCGUUGUGUGGCACCCAAUCAGUGCCAAUGUGUACCAGGCUGGCGGGGUGACGACUGUUCAAGUGAGUGUGCCCCAGGAAUGUGGGGGCCACAGUGUGACAAGCCCUGCACCUGCGGCAGCAGCCCCUGUGACCCCAAGAGUGGGGUGUGUGCUUGCCUUUCUGGUCUGCAGCCCCCAAACUGCCUUCAGCCCUGUACCCCCGGGUACUAUGGCCCUGCCUGCCAGUUCCGCUGCCAGUGCCAUGGGGCACCCUGCGAUCCCCAGACUGGAGCCUGCUUCUGCCCCGCAGAGAGAACUGGGCCCAGCUGUGACGUGUCCUGCCCCCAGGGCACUGCUGGCUUCUCCUGCCCCAGCACCCAUCCUUGCCAAAAUGGAGGUGUCUUCCAGGCCCCGAAGGGCUCCUGCAGCUGCCCCCCUGGCUGGAUGGGUACCAUCUGCUCCCUGCCCUGCCCAGAGGGCUUUCACGGACCCAAUUGCUCCCAGAAAUGCCGCUGUCACAACGGCGGCCUCUGCGACCGAUUCACCGGGCAGUGCCGCUGCGCUCCGGGUUACACUGGGGAUAGGUGCCGGGAGGAGUGCCCGGUGGGGCGCUUCGGGCGGGACUGUGCUGAGACGUGCGACUGCGGCCCGGACGCCCGCUGCUUCCCCGCCAACGGCGCGUGUCUGUGCGAACACGGCUUCACCGGGGACCGCUGCACCGAGCGCCUCUGCCCCGACGGCUUCUACGGUCUCAGCUGCCAGGCCUCCUGCACCUGCGACCCGGAGCACAGCCUCAGCUGCCACCCGAUGAACGGGGAGUGCUCCUGCCUGCCGGGCUGGGCGGGCCUCCACUGCAAUGAGAGCUGCCCACAGGACACACACGGACCGGGGUGCCAGGAGCACUGUCUCUGCCUGCACGGCGGCGUCUGCCAGGCUGCCAGCGGCCUCUGCCAGUGUGCGCCAGGCUACACGGGCCCUCACUGUGCUAGUCUUUGUCCUCCGGACACUUACGGUGUCAACUGUUCCUCACGCUGCUCCUGUGAAAAUGCCAUCGCUUGCUCACCCAUCGACGGCGAGUGCGUCUGCAAGGAAGGUUGGCAGCGUGGUAACUGCUCUGUGCCCUGCCCAUCUGGAACCUGGGGCUUCGGUUGCAAUGCCAGCUGCCAGUGUGCUCAUGAGGGAGUCUGCAGCCCCCAAACUGGAGCCUGUACCUGCACCCCUGGGUGGCAUGGGGCCCGCUGCCAGCUGCCCUGCCCGAAGGGGCAAUUUGGCAAAGGUUGUGCCAGACGCUGUGACUGUGACCACUCUGAUGGCUGUGACCCGGUUUAUGGACGCUGUCAGUGUGAGGCUGGCUGGAUGGGCACCCGCUGCCACCUGUCCUGCCCUGAGGGCUUAUGGGGAGUCAACUGUAGCAACACCUGCACCUGCAAGAAUGGGGGCACUUGCCUCCCUGAGAAUGGCAACUGUGUGUGUGCACCCGGAUUCCGAGGCCCCUCUUGCCAGAGAUCCUGUCAGCCUGGCCGCUAUGGCAAACGCUGUGUGCCCUGCAAGUGUGGGAACCACUCCUCCUGCCACCCCUCCAACGGGACGUGCUACUGCCUGGCUGGCUGGACAGGCCCUGACUGCUCCCAGCCAUGCCCUGCAGGACACUGGGGAGAAAACUGUGCCCAGCCCUGCCAAUGUCAGCAUGGUGGGACCUGCCAUCCCCAGGAUGGGAGCUGUAUCUGCCCCCCAGGCUGGACUGGACCCCACUGCUUGCAAGGUUGCCCUCUGUGGACAUUUGGUGCUAACUGCUCCCAGCCAUGCCAGUGUGGUCCUGGGGAAAAGUGCCACCCAGAGACUGGGGCCUGUGUAUGUCCCCCCGGGCACAGUGGUGCGCCUUGCAGGAUUGGAAUCCAGGAGCUCUUUACUGUGAUGCCUACCACUCCAGUGGCCUAUAACUCGCUGGGUGCAGUGAUUGGCAUUGCAGUGCUGGGAUCCCUUGUGGUAGCCCUGGUGGCACUGUUCAUUGGCUAUCGGCAUUGGCAAAAAGGCAAGGAGCACCAUCACCUGGCAGUGGCCUACAGCAGCGGGCGGCUGGACGGCUCCGACUAUGUCAUGCCAGAUGUCCCUCCGAGCUACAGUCACUACUACUCCAACCCCAGCUACCACACCCUGUCGCAGUGCUCCCCGAACCCCCCGCCCCCUAACAAGGUUCCCAGCCAGCUCUUUGCCAGCCUGCAGGCCCCUGAGCGGCCAGGUGGGGCCCACGGGCAUGAUAACCACGCCACCCUGCCUGCUGACUGGAAGCACCGCCGGGAGCACCCUCCAGGGCCUCUGGACAGAGGAAGCAGCCUCCUGGACCGAAGCUACAGCUACAGCAAUGGCCCAGGCCCAUUCUAUAAUAAAGGGCUCAUCUCCGAAGAGGGGCUCGGGGCCAGCGUGGCUUCCCUGAGCAGUGAGAACCCCUAUGCCACCAUCCGGGACCUGCCCAGCCUGCCAGGGGGUCCCCGGGAGAGCAGCUACAUGGAAAUGAAAGGUCCCCCCUCAGGAUCUCCCCCCAGGCAGCCUCGACAGCUCCAGCUCCGGGACAGCCAGAGGCAUCGGCAGCCCCUGCCACGGAGAGACAGUGGCACCUACGAGCAGCCCAGCCCCCUGAUCCAUGACCGAGACUCUGUGGGCCCCCAGCCCCCUCUGCCUCCGGGCCUACCCCCCGGCCACUAUGACUCACCCAAGAACAGCCACAUCCCCGGACAUUAUGACCUGCCUCCAGUACGGCAUCCCCCAUCACCCCCACUUCGACGCCAGGACCGGUGAGGAGCCAGGAUGGUGUGGCAGAGGCCACCACACCUGGCUGUUGCUGCCGAAGGCUGGGGACAGAGCCUGGUGUACCCUGCCAGGAGCAGGGAGUGGACCGGCAGGCCAUGAACACGAACAACGCUUAACGGAGCAAGUGAAUGGAGAGACGGGAGCCUCGUUCCCGGGUUCUACCGUGGGAGACCCUGGUCAGCAGGAGGCCUGGCUCCCUUUCCCACCCCACUGCUCCCAAGGCCUCCAGGGCCCUGUGUACAUAAACUGGUGGGUAGAAAGUUGCUAGGUAACUCUGAUUCCAGACUGAUUUCAAACAUGUGUGGGGGAACCUUUUCUGUGCACGCUCGGGCGGGGCUCCGUGUGUGUGUGUUUCUGUGAUUUUGGAAGGGUGCCGAGCACAGGUCGUCCUAGGGCACUAACUAUGUAGGAGGGAGAUGGACCCAACCCAAUUAACUCUGUGCUGAGCCACCUGUGUGCUCCGACCGCUAUAGACUGAAUAAGUUGGGGACUUCCCUAAAGGGUGGCAUUUCCAUGGGGUGACAACACAGAGCUCAGACGUGGGAAGGUACCAGGGGCAGCAGUGCAGGGUGGGUGGGGCCGAGGGGGCUGCGGAGGCUGGAGACAGGAUAUUAGGAGAGAAUAUACAGGCACGCCUCCAUUUAUUGCACUUCACAGGUAGUGGAAUUUUUAAAGAAAUGGAAGGUUUGGGGAAAUAUAGGUGACAGCAAUAGGUUAAGAAAAGCCAAGCAAAGAAAUUGAAGAUCUGUGUCAACACUGCUUUAAGCAAGUCUGUUGGUACCAUUUUCCCAAAAGCAUGUGCUCACUUUGGGUCUCCGCAUCACAUUUUGGUAAUUCUUGCAAGUAUUUCAAACAUUGUCAUCAUUAUUAUAUGUGUUAUAGUGAUCUGUGAUCCGUGAUCUUUGAUAUUAUUGUAAUUGUUCUGGGGCGCCAUGAACCGCACCCAUGUAACAUGGCAAGCUUAACCAAUAAACGUUGCAUGCGUUC